GAUGCUAGUGGUGGGUUCUAGUACGUCCCAACGGAACCCCUCGAUGUCAACCAUUAUCAACAUUGCCAACAUUGGAUAAGGUACAGCACGCUUCCUCACUCCUACCACAACCACAACCACAACCAAGUCUCCCCUUGGACUGCUAUCCUUCUCCAACAAUGCCCACAGGGUUCAAAUCACCUACCGUCGCCGCCUCUAGGAGCCAGUCGAAGAUACCAACCAGGUUCGCGUACAAACUCAACUCGCCUUUGCAGAGGAGAUCUGCGACGCCCGAAUCGCCUGGGCUUAGGUCUCUGGUGUUGGUUGAGAAGUACCAUGGGUCGCAGCCGUCGUCGCUACAAUCAACGCCCAACGCCAAACCUCCUCUAACGCCCAAAGCAAAGCCUCGACCAGCGCCCAGUCGCGACAAACCACUUGCAAAGGAGCCUACCAAGAAGCCCAUCUUCAAAGUAACAGCGAUCCGGGAUACGGAGCGCGUAUCGUCUCCACGACCGGUGCCCAAGAAGCCCAAGACGUUGGGAAAGGAGAAUGCAGAGCGGCGUCGUGACGCACAGACCCACGUUCCUCAUACCACUACACCGACAUCAGUCCCUCGUCCAUUCAAGAUAUCUAUUCCACGCUCAUUCUCCUCCAACACAAGAAUUCCCGUUCGCAAACACCCUAAACGGGAGUCUGUUACGAGGAUAAGGUCCAGACCCUCGUCUCUUCGUCUGACUCCCUCCCGAACUCCUCGCCGAACAUCCAUGUCUAUCUAUUCUGCUUUAUCAUCUCCGUCCCCAAGAACCCCAGUGUCGUCUUCAACAUACAUUGACUCUGUUGUCAUCCAAACCCAUGACGACUCAGACCUUCUUUCGUCCUCGGUGUCUAUGAAUCAAUUCAGCACCAAGUCGGAGUCCGAAUGGAUUGAUGAAGAGGAAGUUGUUGACAAGAAACCCGUGGAGGAGGCUUCCCCGAUGAAGGCACCAUCAACUCCGGAAGCCAAGCCUCCCCUUACUCCAGAUGCGACGACUCCUACCGCACCGGAAGCGAAACCGCUAAUUACUCCAGAGUCGAAGGCUAAGGUUUCGCCAACAGCGAAGCAACAGUCUCCCGCUGCGAAAUCUGGCACCUUGCCGCGCGUUUUCGUCGUCGGUAGACUCAGCACGUCAAGCCCUGGUUCCCGAAGACGCAGAGCGAUACCGCCAUUGCUCGAUUCCCAGGCUGGUUCUGCGAAUGCUCAGAUUCGUAUGGAGCUCGAGUCAUUAAGAGCUCGCAAGAAGGUCCAGGAGGGGGUGACGGAGUUGAGCGAUAAGAAGCUUUGACGUUUGGGUAUAUGGUAAACGCGAUAAAUGACAGGUCAAUUGUCGCUGAGCCUGUGUACAAACAAUCAUGGAAUGUGUUUUGAGUUGGAUAUUACAAUGUAUUACUACC